UAUGGAUUCUGAGCCUAAAAAAUUAAGAAUUUUGUGCAUUCAUGGGUAUUACAACAAUGCCAAGGUUCUUGAAGCCCAACUUGACUACUACCAGACUAUUUUCAAAGAUUACAUUGAAUUCGUGUUCGUCGAAGCCCCUCAUAAAAUUCCUGACCAAGAAGUAUUCGAUCCUCGGCUCAAAGCCAAGUUUGAAGGCCCCUUCUACUACUGGAUUGGCAGUGGCAAGGAUGGAAUUGGUGAUAACGAGACAUUUAUGGAGUCUUAUAACUUCCUUUAUGAAUUUGUGGAACAAAAUGGACCUUUUGAUGGUAUUUAUGGGUUUUCUCAAGGAGGGUAGGUUGAGUUGAAGCCAAAUUGAUUUGAAAUUUUGAUAUGAUGCUUUGGUAUAGAUUGUUUGUAAGAGCAUUGGUGAAAGGGAAAGAAUUAGGAUUUCCUGUUAUUACUCAUAUGCCAAGGUUUAUGAUUCUGGCAUCUCCUAGAAUGUGGAAGAAAUAUCCAUUUAUUGAAGUUAUAGGGCAAGAUUAUUCAAUUCCUGCGCUAUAUUUGUUUGAUGACAAUGACGUUCUUGAAGAACAUUAUAUCAAAGCUUAUUGCGACAAAAGUGAACAUAUCAUCAUCAGACACAAUAAAGGCCACUCACUUCCAAAACUCAUCAAUGAACAAAUGAACCCCUUCAUUGACUUCAUCAGCACCCAGUACUACAACAAGUUCCACCAAGAAGUCCAGCUCAACUUCACUGUCGAUGAACAGUUCCUGGAAUCUUACAGGUCACAAGGAGCAGAGAAGAGCUCAAUCCGUAGUAAACUCUAACCAUCACCCCCUUAUCCAAACCUUCCUCCCUCUUCCCUUCCUUCUCCUCCUCCUUCUUGACCUUGCACUUUCAU